CUUUCCACCGCACUGACUUGUACGGUAUCCGGGCAUUUGGUUGCGGGUUCGAACUUCUCCCCACGAAAUCUGCUUUAAAACACUUCUUUAUUUGGGGUUUCCCGAGACGCAGGCGGAGCGGAGCGUCAGAUCCGCGGGGGGGCGGGGAUCGAACAAACAUUUGAUCGAUCGCCAAUAGAAAAUGUUCCAAGGGUUUGUAAAUUUACACGUCUGAUUCGCACGAUUUACGACGCAAUUGUUUUGUGACGGGAGAAUUUGAAACCGGAUGAACUUUUUCCAUCAAAUUAUUUUUUUCAGUUUGGCGGACAGUGUCGGACGAUGAACCUGCGGAUACCACGUAUUCCAUUUACCUACAUGUGAACUUGUCUUUGAAGCCGAGAAAUAUUCUUUGUUGUUGAGGCUGAUUUGCUUCAGGCACCUCUCAGCAUGGUUUUCAAGUCAUCAAGUUUGUAAAUUUUCCUCCUCAUAGAACUGGAGUGAAACAGCCGAAUUGUUAUGGUACACCUAUAUAAAGGAAUGUUAUAGAUUGGUAUAUACAAGACAUUUUUCCCCUCACUUCCCGAGCUUCAGGAAUGAAGCAAUUAUCGCAGAUGCACUUCAGAUUGGCAAACGUAGAAAGGAAGUGGAUUCUUCCUCUUGCAACGUGUUCCCUGUUGUCCUUAUUGCUGUUGGUAGUGGCCUUAAACGUGGGAUACGCAUCCACCCAAAAUACACUUAGUUCUCUUUUGUCCACAUUCUCACUGGGGAAUGUGUUGGGCGCAUCCCAAAAAUCAGUGUUUGUAGAGUCCAAGAUUGCGGUCUCAGCCCCAUCACUCCAUCCUGGGCUUCCAAGGCUUGCUUACCUCAUUUCAGGAUCCAAGGGAGAUGGGGAGAAACUGAAGAGGACCCUGACAGCUCUUUACCAUCCCCUGAAUCAAUAUAUUGUGCACCUGGACCUUGAAGCUUCACCGAAGGAAAGAGUGGACCUUGCCGAGUAUGUCAGGUCAAAUCAAAUUUUUGCAGAUGUGGGCAACGUGUAUAUGAUUAGUAAGGCUAAUCUGGUGACUUAUAAAGGCCCCACCAUGGUUGCAAAUACGCUUCACGCUAUAGCAAUUCUUCUGAGAAGAAGUAAGGAAUGGGACUGGUUUAUCAAUCUUAGCGCGUCAGAUUAUCCACUUGUCACUCAAGAUGAUCUACUUCACACAUUUUCAUCUUUCCCUAGAGAUUUAAAUUUUAUUGAACACACAAGCGAUUUAGCUUGGAAAGUGCAUCAUCGGGCAAAACCAAUUAUUAUAGACCCUGGAUUUUAUAUGUCCAAAAAAACUGAUAUCUUUUGGGUGACAGAAAGAAGGGAGACUCCUACUGCAUUCAAAUUGUUUACAGGAUCUGCUUGGAUGGCUCUGUCACGAGCGUUUGUGGAGUAUUGUAUCUGGGGUUGGGACAACCUUCCACGAACAGUUUUGAUGUACUAUGCAAAUUUUGUUUCUUCACCAGAGGGUUACUUCCACACUGUCAUUUGUAACACCCAAGAAUUUAAGAACACAACAAUCAACCAUGACUUGCAUUAUAUAUCCUGGGAUAAUCCACCUAAACAGCAUCCACAUAUUCUUGGUCUUAGUGAUAGUAAAAAAAUGAUCAAUAGUAAUGCCCCAUUUGCAAGGAAAUUUCCCACAAAUGAUCCAGUGCUUGACAAAAUAGACAGAGAGCUUCUGCAACGUCAAAAUGGAAGAUUUACUCCUGGUGGAUGGUGUAUGGGAAGUAGAGAAAAUGGAAGUGAUCCAUGUUCUGUUAUAGGUGAUAGAAGUGUCCUCAAGCCUGGUGAAGGUGCAAAGAGGUUGGAAGUGCUAAUGAAGCAGCUCUUAGCACCAGAAAAUAUUAGAUCAAAACAAUGUAAAUAAUGUUGUUUCCUAUUCAAGUACCAUUGUGAAUCUCCAUUGCAGGUAAUGAGUUUCCACCAAUUUUAAUAAAUCAAAAGAUAAGGUUCUUUGGAAUAGCUCAUGAUCUUGCCUUUUACCAUCAAUAGUGGGGCACACUGCAGGGUCACCAUGAAUUUGUUUUGUUAAAUACCCCCUCAACUUUUCUCUAGAGGUUCAUGUUGGAAUUUCAUUCAACAGCACUAUUUCUGUAAUAUUCAUGUGUCGAAUAGAAGUCUAGGCUUAUUCUGCAGAAUUAAAAGGGAUUGCAUCAUCUAUGUUUGACAGUUAAAGGAGGUUUACAAAUACCUUGAAGUAUCAAUGUGAUCGUCAAAUAGGUGCUACAAAACCCAGGUCUAAAGCAAUCGUUAUAUCCUUUUCUGCCCCUCCAAUUGAAGUCAUUUUUUAAUUGGUGAUGCAUUAGAGCUGUUUGCUGUCUAACCACCAAUAUUUAUGUUUUAAAGAUCAGCGAGGUCACAUCAUUUUCUGGUGUAGUUGCGCCUCAUUUGCUGUUAUUAUGUAGUGUAACAGAUGAUUUUACCAUAACAAAUUUAUGUGAAACUUGAGGACACUUGAGAGUUGCUUUGACA